AUGGAGAGAGCCAGGCCGGAGCCCCCGCCUCAGCCGCGCCAAUUGCCGCGGGCGACGCUGCCGCGUCCGCUGCGUCCCGCUCCGCCUCCGCUGCCCGUCGAGGGCGCCUCCUUUCGGGCAGCGGCCGCGGAGCCCUCUGCGUCGCCGCCCGCCCCUUGCGCGGCCGCCAUUGCAACCGUGGCCUCGUCGGGCGGGGAGGCCCCGACGUCGGGCGUACAGAGCGCGGCACGGCGGCUGAUGCAGGUGAAGCCGGAGCAGGUGUUGCUGCUGCCGCCAGGGCCACCACUGCCUCAAGCCCGGGAGGAAGGGGCAGCUGCCUCGCCUAUACAGACGCGGCUGCUGCAGCUGAGGCCCGAGCUGCUGCUGCCGCCGCCGCCGCCGCCGCCGCCGCCGCCACCGCUGGUCCCCGCGUCCGAGGGCCCCCCCUGCAGACCUGAGUUGCACCCGGUGCAGCCCCGGGCGCUGCACGUUAAGGCCGAGAAGCAGGAGCCUGGACCCGGCUUGGAUCCCUCGGUGGGGCCUCGGAAGGCCAUGGAGGCGGGCCCUAGGUCCUCCAGGGCGGCCAAGUUGGAAAGCCCCGGGCCGUUUCUCGACAGCCACGGAGGGGACGAGAAGAAGGGCAAGGUGGAGUUAGAGGAGGUCAUGAGCUACACGGUGAAAGGCGGGGAGGGCAAAAGCCUGGUGGCCCUCAGAGGAGUCAUCAAAACGGAGGAGCCCGAGAGACUCCGCGAGGACUGCAGGCUCGGCACAGAGCCCACGUCCAAUGGCCUGGUCCAUGGCAGCAAGGAUGUCAUCCUGACCCAGCCGUCCAGCGCCUUUGGGCCACACCAAGACCUCAGGAUCCCUUUGACUCUUCACACCGUACCCCCUGGGGCCCGGAUCCAGUUUCAGGGACCUCCACCUUCAGAGCUGAUACGAUUGACCAAGGUCCCUUUGACACCAGUGCCUAUUAAAAUGCAGUCUUUAUUGGAGCCUUCUGUAAAAAUUGAAACCAAAGAUGUCCCGCUCACCGUGCUUCCCUCAGAUGCAGGAAUACCAGAUACUCCCUUCAGUAAGGACAGAAAUGGUCAUGUGAAGCGACCCAUGAAUGCAUUUAUGGUGUGGGCAAGGAUCCACCGGCCAGCACUAGCCAAAGCUAACCCAGCAGCCAACAAUGCAGAAAUCAGUGUCCAGCUCGGGUUAGAGUGGAACAAACUUAGUGAAGAACAAAAGAAACCCUAUUAUGAUGAAGCACAAAAGAUUAAAGAAAAGCACAGAGAGGAAUUUCCUGGUUGGGUUUAUCAGCCUCGUCCAGGGAAGCGAAAACGCUUCCCUCUAGGCGUUUCCGGUGUAUUUUCUGGUACCACACAGAAUAUCAUCUCUACCAAUCCUACAACAAUUUAUCCUUAUCGCUCACCUACCUACUCUGUGGUAAUUCCCAGCCUACAGAACACCAUCACUCAUCCAGUUGGUGAACCUGCCAUCCAGCUGCCCACACCUGCAGUCCAUUGCCCAAGCCCCAUCACACUUUUCCAGCCCAGCGUCCCCAGUACUGCCCAGGUGGCUGUCCAGGCUCCAAGUCUGCCCCUCCGUCCAGCACUCCCAUCGCAGCGCUUUGCUGGGUCCUCCCAAACGGACACUCAUCAUCUGCAUUCUGGAGCCAAUUGCUCUGUGAAGAGACCCACUCCUGUCUCUCUGGAGAGCAGUAACAGGAUUCCGACUAGUGCAAGUACUGCCCAUGCCAGAUUUGCAGCCUCGACCAUCCAGCCUCCCAAGGAGUAUCCCAGCAUUUCCACUUGUCCCAGAAGUGCUCCAAUUCCCCAGGCUCCUCCUAUUCCACACUCACAUGUCUACCAGCCCCCUCCCCUGGGCCAUCCAGCCACAUUGUUUGGGACACCACCGCGAUUCUCUUUUUAUCACCCUUACUUCCUACCUGGACCUCACUACUUCCCAUCAAGCACAUGCCCUUAUAGUCGGCCUCCCUUUGACUAUGGAAAUUUUCCAAGUGCAGUGCCAGAAUGUCUUGGUUAUUAUGAAGACAGGUACCAAAAACACGAGGCUAUGUUUUCAGCUUUAAAUAGAGACUACCCGUUUAGAGACUACCCAGAAGACCGCGCGCACAGCGAAGGUUCUCGGAGUUGUGAGAGCAUGGACGGGACCUCUUACUAUAACAGUCACAGCCACAGUGGGGGAGAACACUUAAAUCCCGUGCCUCAGCUGGACAUUGGCGCCUUGGAAAACGUCUUCACAGCCCUAGCAUCCACCCCCUCUAGCAUCCAGCAAGUCAAUGUCACUGACAGUGAUGAGGAGGAAGAAGAAAAAGUACUCAGGAAUUUAUAAUCCUAAAACAAAUACGCACAGAAAAUAAACACUUCUUAAAAUAUAUUCUGGGUCGGUUGGUGUGAGAGAAAAAGCCUAGAAUGCUUUGCUGAGAGUUUUCAGCCAUGGUCUGAGGAGUCAAAACCAAAUGCAGUUUAUACCUUCGUCAGGCUUUGAUUAGUGAAACUGCAGUCCUGAUGUGUCUUCGUAGGAAUAUUUAAGAUACGAAGUGGUUUAUUUUUAUGGCUGAAAUUUGCAUCAACAUAUAUUAUCAUUACCUUAUCUUGGAGUAUGAAAAUAUCAAAUCCUCACAAUUAUACGUGAGGGGAACGGGAGUAUAUAAGCUGGUGUAAGUGUGAUUUGUAUUUUUCUCAUGAUACAUUUAUUUAUUUUUCUUAUAUAAUUUUGUGUUUGGUGUUUAUGUAAUAUUUAUGGAUGUUUCAGUUUUUAUGUAACAUUUUGAAAACAUUUUGAUAACUUUUAGUAGUGAAUUGGGACUCAAGUUACUAAAUUUAAUUUACACUAAUAACCAAUUACAAGUUGCAAAUGUGUUUAAUGGCACCUGAGUAACU